AACUCGCUUGCCUAUUUAAGGCUCUAUGACUAUGAACAUUGGUGGAAGAAGUUUUCAGAUCUUGUAAAAGUACCAAUACUACAGUGUGAAAAUACUCCAUUACACGUAAAAAACUAAUCAGUCAAAAUUCUACUUGAGUAAACGUAUAGAUAUACUGUUACGCCCCUCUGCUUAAUAUUUUAUUUUUAAUAGGACAUAAAUAGAUUAAUACCGUUAUAGCUGAUGGAGUUUUAGCUAGUUGUAACUGUUCAAACACAGUUUGGUAGUUUAACUAUUUGCAAAGUUUAGAGUUUAAAUCCCUCUCGGGACUGCCCCACCUUUAUUGAGUUACAAGUUCAAACAGGUUGGAAGUGACUGUUUUAAACUUCAAACUUUAAUUUGUAUUCUAAAUUGAUCAUGUGUUUAUUAUUGUAAAUUAUUAAUUUAUAGUUUAAAGUAAUUCAGAACUAUAUAAAUGUGAAAAUGUACAAUAUUUCUCCCUGAAAAUAAGAAAAAAUAAACAGUAGUAACCUAAAUUGAAAAUACUCAAGUAAAGUACAAGUACAUCAACAAUUCCAUGUUCCACGGACUUUACCGAGAUGACAGACUAUAUCACAAGCAGCCCUGUAACCAAUGGAUACACCACAACAAUAGAAAAUAAAUAAAUAAUAAUAAUUAAAACAUAUCCCCAUCAUGGAUCCCUGUCAUAAGAACAUGUUAUAUUGUGGCACUUUACCUUAUCUUACCUGCUCACAACAGGAUGUACAGAACAAGUAGCUGCCAUAUCUGAUGGAAUUACAAACAGCUGAGUAUGCUAAAUCUGACACUGCUGUGCUAUGUAGGUCUAUGUAGUCUUGGAGUCCCUGUGUGUGCAUCUCUAGAUUUUUCAACAUAUUUGAGCAUAUUUGGACACUUGUAUUGCAUGCGCUCAUCUAAUUAAUGCAACUAGUCAGACAUAACAUCACCAAAUGAACACUCAAGACAGGAGAUAACACAUUGACAGCUCAAAAUGGCUAAUACGUUCAGACAUGUUGAAAAUGGUUUUAUUGGACUACAUUCCCAUUGAUUUGCUUCAUUUCAUGAAACACGAUUUUGCGUGACAAGAGUACGAGUGGCACUUGAAGGCAGCAUUUCAGAUUCAAUGUACAACGUACUUAGAUAUGCUCUGACUUUGAGAUUUGUUGGGGCAGGUAACAAUGUGCCGUCAUUAUCAGUGUUCACAUUUAAAAAAAAGUGCAGCUCAGUCUCUGCUUGACAAGUAAAGCAAAACCGGCUUUUCAGGGAGGUGAGAGGCGUUGCCAAAUGAUCUCUGCAGGUAGGAACACUUCCACAAACCUACAGAAACAGUGGCUUUUUAAGGUGUAGCUUCCAUGAUAUUCAUUUGGAAAAGCCAUAAUUCCUAAUCAUGCCCCUUGCAUUUGCAAUCAUCAAUGAAAAUUAUUUUCUGACACAUGUCCCAAUACAAGUAUAUUGGACCACAAGACUUGAGACAAUAAUGACAUAAGAAAAUGACGGGUAAGUGUGCCUGACUAAUAUACAAGCAUGAACGUUUCCCCGAGAAUAACUGUUGCCUUUGGUUUGAGAUUAAAAGUGACACCAUACUAUUAAUUAACAUACAUUUACUUUAAAUCUUUUACUUAUGUCUUUCUUUUCUUUCUUCCCCUUUUUGUCAUUUACGAUGUUUUGGCGCGUUUUUUUGGUUUAGUGAAACUAGAAACAAUCCAAAAAUAAAUAAAUAAGUUAAAAAUAAAUAAAUGGCAAACUGUAUUUUUGAAAUACACUUUAUUACACAAGGAAAACAUAAUCUACACAUACAUGCAUGUACACAAGAAAAAGCAAAAUAAAGAGAUUAGAUAUUGUGCAGUGACUGCAAAAGUAAGACUGCAAAAAUAAAUUGGAAAAAUAAUAGCAUUUAGUCUGCUAAUUAAAUUGUGAAAAGUCAGCAGAUUGAGAACAUAUUUUCUCUACAGUUUAGGAGAAGUGUGCCUCGCUCUGCCGUUGCUGGUUGGAUUAAUAAACCUGCAUACACACGCUUGGAGCUGCUACUCAAAGAGCAAUACAUCUAAUUAACUUAGCAUCAUAGCCUCUCCAUAAGAAGGUUGGGUAGCUGCGACCGCUCCAUCUGCUCAAAUCUCAUUGGCUACGUCCCUGAUAGUGUCGCCAGUUUUGAUUGGCUGCAAAACGGACCUACUCAUCCGGGGUAUUAAGGAAGAGGGUGCUAACUGCCAAGAUGAAGCACUACGAGGUGGAGAUACUGGACGCCAAGACCAAGGACAAGCUCUGCUUCCUGGACAAGGUCGAGCCAAAUGCCACUAUCGGAGAGAUCAAGUCCAUGUUCCACAGGAGCCACCCUCAGUGGUACCCAGCCAGACAGUCCAUUCGCCUCGACCCCAAGGGGAAGUCCCUGAAGGAUGAGGAUGUCCUGCAGCAUCUCCCUGUGGGAACCACGGCAACCUUCUACUUCAGGGACCUCGGAGCCCAGAUCAGCUGGGUCACAGUCUUCCUGACCGAGUAUAUGGGUCCACUCGUCCUCUAUCUGAUGUUCUACUUCCGAGUUCCCUUCAUCUACGCGCCCAAAUAUGACUUCACCACCAGUAAACACUGGGUCGUACACCUCGCCUGCAUGUGUCACUCGUUCCACUUCCUGAAGAGGCUGCUGGAGACGCUGUUCGUCCAUCGCUUCUCUCACGGCACCAUGCCGCUACGCAACAUCUUCAAGAACUGCACCUACUACUGGGGCUUUGCAGCGUGGAUGGCCUAUUACGUCAACCACCCACUGUACACGCCGCCCGCCUACGGCGAGCAGCAGAUCCGACUCGCCCUCGUCAUAUUCCUGUUCUGUCAGAUCGGCAACUUUUCCAUCCACAUUGCUCUUCGGAACCUCCGUCCACCAGGGUCUAAGACCAGAAAGAUUCCCUAUCCAACCAAGAACCCCUUCACCUGGAUCUUCCUGCUGGUCUCCUGCCCCAACUACACCUAUGAGCUGGGCGCCUGGUUUGGCUUCACACUGAUGACCCAGUGCCUGCCAGUGGCCUUCUUCUUCUUGGUGGGUUUCAUCCAGAUGACCGUGUGGGCGAAGGGGAAGCACCGCAGCUACCUGAAGGAGUUCCGCGACUACCCUCCACUCCGCUCGCCCAUCCUGCCCUUCAUCCUUUAAAGAACUCGAAUGCUCCCUCCCUCGCCCAUUCAGCUCUCCCUGCUCGUAGGACCCCCCCCCCCCCUAAAUGAGUUUGUUGUUUUUCGACCCUCCAAACUCGACACAGAAUCUGGCUGGCUGAAGCUAACCGUGUCCCCUUUCCCCUCCUGUCCUCCUGUCUGCGAUCCCUUUAAUAUUGAUCAAAUUGAGUGCAAGUUCUUUCUUUUUUUUCAUCUCCCAUAUCUUUUUUUUCAUCUCCCAUAUAUUAAUCGACUUGUGUGUGCUUGAGCUGCCCCUUCAAACUACUGAAUGACAAAUUGUACAUAAAGGUUAAGAUGUCCCACCACUCUGCCAUCGAAUACUGUGGUUUUGAGGCUGAAUCUGCAUCUGACCGUUUCAAUGGUUUAGUUUUUAUAUCCAUUCAUCUAAAUUUGAAAUAGUGACAGCAUGUCAUUUUGUUGAUGUCUGAAGUAAUUUAUAAUGAAAUAAAAAGGUAAACCAAACGUG